UGAAACAAGCCCCGCUUGAUACUCCACCGACUUUAACAACCACUGGGUUUGAAGUAGCGAAAGUGACAUCUCUCGAGUCUCGAUCGAUCUGGUGUGGCUUUUGACUCCACCGACGGGAGAAAAAUGGGGGAGAAAUCGAAGUCGAGAGGAUGUUUCGGUUGGUUCAUAGCGCUCAUCGUACUAGCCGCUGUCGUCCUGGCCGUCGUCUACAUGGUCAAAUCCAAAAUGAAUAAAUCCGAUGACGACGACCAAGGAGGAGCUGGUCCCGUACCUGGACCUCCCGGCGCCAUCGAUAAGAAAUACGCCGACGCUCUCAAACUCGCUUUACAGUUCUUCGACAUCCAGAAAUCCGGCAAGUUGGUGAACAACAAAAUACCGUGGAGAGGAGACUCAGGUCUCAAAGACGGAAGCGAAGCGAAUCUCGAUCUCUCCAAAGGCUUAUACGACGCUGGUGACCAUAUCAAGUUCGGUUUCCCCAUGGCCUUCACCGCCACCGUCUUGUCUUGGUCCAUCCUCGAGUACGCUGAUCAGAUGGACGCUGUCAACCUCUUGGACCCCGCCAAAGAAUCUCUCAGAUGGACCACCGACUACUUCGUCGAAGCCCAUCCUUCCGACAACGUCCUCUACGUCCAGGUGGGUGAUCCGGAGGUGGAUCACCCGUGCUGGGAGAGACCUGAGACUAUGACAGGGAAGAGACCGCUCGUGAAGAUCGACGCGGAGACGCCAGGGACCGAGGUCGCUGCGGAGACCGCAGCGGCCAUGGCUUCGGCGUCUUUGGUGUUCAAGGAGAGCGACCCUAAGUACUCGGCGACGCUUCUGAGACACGCGAAGCAGUUGUUUGAUUUCGCUGAUAAGAAGAGAGGCUCGUACAGUGUCAGCAUACCUGAGGUUCAGAAGUUUUAUAACUCCACGGGGUAUGGUGACGAGCUGCUGUGGGCGGCUAGCUGGUUGUACCAUGCGACGGAGGACAACACUUAUCUUGAAUACGUUACUAAACAUGGAAACGAGUUUGCUAGAUUUGGUAACCCGACUUGGUUCAGUUGGGACGAUAAGCUUGCAGGAACACAGGUACUGUUAUCAAGGCUACUCUUCUUUAAAAAAGAUUUAUCAGGAAGCAAGGGGCUUGCAAGUUACAGGGGUACAGCUAAAGCAGUCAUGUGCGGUCUUCUACCAAAAUCUCCAACAGCUACAGCUAGUAGAUCAAAAAGUGGUCUUGUAAUUGUCAGUGACUGGAACUCGCUCCAACAAUCCGUUUCCGCAGCGUUCUUAGCUUCACUCUUCAGUGACUACAUGCUCACUUCACGUAUCCAUAAGAUAUCAUGCAACGGGAAGAUCUUUAAAGCGACAGAGCUCAGAGACUUCGCCAAAAUACAGGCUGAUUACAUAUUGGGGAAGAAUCCGAUGGGGAUGAGCUUCGUGGUUGGUUACGGAGACAAGUACCCUGAGUAUAUCCAUCACAGAGGCGCUUCGAUACCUGCGGAUGCAACCACGGGAUGUUUAGAUGGGUUCAAGUAUUUUAACUCGACGAAACGGAACCCAAACGUAGCGUACGGUGCACUGGUGGGUGGGCCUUACUUGAACGAGACGUUCAGCGACGUAAGAACUAAUGUGAGGCAGAACGAGCCAACUACGUAUAACAAUGCCUUACUCGUUGGUCUCUUGUCUAGUCUUGUCACUACCUCUUCAGCAUUACAAUCAUUGAAGUGAGUGUGAGCCAUUAUCCUUUGUUAAAUAAUCAGGCAUUGCUUUAAUUUUUUUUUUCUUUUGUCCUACUGAUGUGUGUAUGUAUGUAUUUGUUUAUUUCACGUUUGUGUAUUUGAUUUGAUAUGUUGAUGAUGAGUGUAUUGUUGUGUUGUAAGUUCGUUGUAAUCAAGGUACAAAUACGACACUUAAAAUAAGCAAACUGUUUAUAAGA